ACGUAACAUCUGCGACGCUCUCUUUGCACGUGUAGUCAAGCUCGCGCUGCUGAAGCUAUGCGCCGUAAUUGAAAGUGUUACAGACUCAAUUGAUAAGAUCAUGAAGUUUGCAUACAAAUUUUCAAACUUGCUUGGUACAGUGUAUCGACGUGGCAAUCUCAAUUUUUCAUUUGAUGGAAAUUCUCUCAUCAGUCCUGUUGGGAACCGAAUUUCUGUUUUUGACCUAAAAAACAACAAAUCUGAAACAUUUCCAGUAUCGACAAAGAAGAAUAUUACUUGUGUAGCAUUAUCUCCCAGUGGAACUCUUGCAAUUCUGGUUGAUGAAGAUGGAGAGGCUUUGCUUGUUAGUCUCACCACGAGAGCAGUGCUGAACCACUUCAAUUUCCACAAGCCUGUGCAUUGCAUUUCCUUUUCUCCUGAUGGCAGAAAAUUUGUCGUCACAAAGGAUAAUGUAGCUCUUAUGUAUUAUGCCCCUGGGAAAAGAAGAGAGUUUAAUGCCUUUGUGCUUGAUAAGACCUAUUAUGGUCCAUAUGAUGAGAUGACAUGCAUCGACUGGACCGAUGAUUCUAAAUGCUUUGUUGUUGGAAGUAAAGACAUGACAACAUGGGUAUUUGGAGCAGAACGGUGGGAGAAUCUAAUAUAUUAUGCUCUUGGAGGACAUAAAGAUAUCAUAGUGGGAUGUUUCUUUGAAAGAGACAGUCUUGAUCUAUAUACUGUAAGUCAGGAUGGAGCACUGUGUGUUUGGGAGUGUGACACAGAACUGACUGAACUUAAACUAAAAUCAGUUAAGCAAGUGCCAGACACCACCAUGGAAAACAAUAACCAAGGUAAAGAUGGUGAAGUAGAAAUGGAGCAAAAAGGAGAAGAAAUUCAUGGAAAAGCUAAUCAGGAUAAGCAGGGUCCUGGGAAAGUCAAAUAUAAACAAAAAGAAAAACAUUUUUUCAAUAAGGAGGGUGAUUUCAACAAUUUAACAUCAUCGGCUUAUCAUAAAAAGAUGCAUAUUUUGGUAACUGGAUUUGCCUCUGGAAUUUUCCAUCUUCAUGAACUCCCAGAGUUUAACCUUAUCCACUCCCUUAGUAUUUCAAACCAGAGAAUAUCAUCUAUUGCUAUUAAUAACACUGGAGACUGGAUUGCUUUAGGAUGCUCAGGUCUUGGUCAGCUUUUGGUUUGGGAAUGGCAGAGUGAAUCUUAUAUCAUGAAACAGCAAGGUCAUUUCAACAGCAUGGUGGCUCUAGCAUAUUCUCCUGAUGGACAGUACAUAGCAACAGGAGGUGAUGAUGGCAAGGUUAAAGUUUGGAAUACUAACAGUGGCUUCUGCUUUGUUACCUUCACUGAACAUACCAGCAGUGUCAGUGCAGUAACUUUCAACUAUACAGGUUUUGUGAUUUUAAGUGCAUCAUUGGAUGGAACAGUUAGAGCUUUUGAUCUUCAUAGAUACCGAAAUUUUCGCACAUUUACCUCACCUCAGCCUACACAGUUUUCAUGCCUGGCAAUAGACGGAAGUGGUGAAAUAGUGUCUGCUGGUUCCCAGGAUUAUUUUGAAAUUUACAUCUGGUCAAUGCAGACUGGCCGUCUUCUAGAGGUACUUGCUGGCCAUGAAGGACCUAUUAGCAGUUUGUGUUUUAACCCCAAUCAAGCCAUUUUGGCCAGUGCAUCCUGGGAUAAGACCGUAAAGAUAUGGGACAUGUCCGACAGCUGGAAGACUAAAGAAACUCUCACCCUGAUAUCAGAUGCUCUUGCAGUAGUUUAUAGAGGAGAUGGCAAUGAGAUAGCUGUAGCCACACUUAAUGGAGAAAUUACUUUCUGGAACCCCAAGAGUGCUGUCCAAACAGGAUCCAUAUCUGGUAGACAUGAUCUGCAAAUAGGAAGAAAGGAAAUGGACAAAAUUACUGCAAAACAAGCAGCCAAGGGAAAGUCAUUCACAACGCUGUGCUAUUCAGCUGAUGGUCAAAGUAUUAUGGCUGGAGGUCACUCCAAAUUUGUUUGUAUCUACAAUGUCAGAGAACAGAUCCUGAUGAAGAAAUUUGAAAUUUCCUGCAAUCUUUCUUUAGAUGCAAUGGAAGAGUACCUGGAUCGUAGAAAGAUGACAGAAUUUGGAAGUCUUGCUUUGAUUGAUGAUGGAACUGGAGAUGGUGAUGGAGUAGCAAUUCCUCUCCCUGGUGUGAAAAAGGGGGACAUGAGUUCACGUCAUUUCAAGCCAGAGAUACGUGUUACAUCUCUUCACUUUUCCCCUACAGGCCGUAGCUGGGCUGCUACUACUACUGAAGGCCUACUGCUUUAUUCUUUGGAUAGUGAACUGGUCUUCGACCCCUUUGACCUAGAUCUUGAUGUAACGCCAACAAGUGUACGACAAAUGCUCCAACAGUGUAAAUAUAUAUCUGCUAUCAUCUUAGCUUUUCGCUUGAAUGAAAAAAAGCUUAUUCAAGAAGUGAUGGAAACUGUACCUUAUAGUCAAAUUGAUGCCAUUUGUGUAACUCUGCCAGAGCUAUAUGUAGAGAAGCUUUUAGAUUUUGUGGCUACAUCUUUAGAAACAUCUCGCCAUCUUCAGUUCUACCUUACUUGGGCACAGAGGCUUCUUACACAACAUGGUCAAAAACUUAAAGGGAGGGCUGGCUCACUGUUACCGAUGUUUAAUUCUCUACAAAAGAGCAUUCAUCUUCAUUUUGACAACCUCUCAAAGCUCUGUGAUUGGAGUCGUUAUAAUAUUAAAUAUGCUGAAGCUAUGUCAAAACACAGAGGUAUAAAAAGACCAGCAGAAGACCAAAUGUCUGAAGAUGAAAACUCUGAGGAAAUGGACAGUGAUCAUUCAGUGGAGAUGUAAAACCAAGACCAUCUGGGAGAGAUUGAUUUGGAAUGCUCUUACUCCAGGCGGUUAUAUCUAUUUUCACCACUUGAUUAAUUAAAAGACAUUGUAUUUAUCUACUGCGACUCAU